AUGGAUCUCCCAGAGCUCUUUGUCUCCUUAUCCAACAUCCCCGCCUGGUAUGCACUCCUCAUCGUCAUUGCCGCCCUCUUCCUCGUCAAUUCCACUCCAUCAGACUGUCUUGACAUCCCCGCCGUCAAGUACGGCCGCUUGCUCCCCAACUUCGUCAACCGGCGGCUCUUCUACGUGGUCGGACACGUGCAGAUCCAGAAGGGCUAUGACAAGUAUAAGAACCUACCCUUCCGCAUCCUCAAGCCCGACGGCGACUUGAUCGUCUUGCCGGCCAGGUACCUUGAUGAAGUGCGACAGAUGUCGCCGAAGAAGCUGGGUCUGGUAGAUAAUGAGUUCAAAAAUGUGUUGGGCGAGUGUACCGUUGAUAGUGGUCUGGCUGCGCAGGCUAUGGCUCAGAUGAAUCCGGUGCUGGACUAUAUCAUCCCACGGGUGGUCGCUGAGCUACAGCACGCGAUCACCGUCGAGCUCCCAUCGUGCAAAGACUGGACCCCCAUCAACCUCUACACCACUGUCCUGCGCCUAGUCAGCCGCUCUGUCUCCUGCAUCACCGUCGGCGACGUAAUCUGCCGAGACGAGCAAUGGCUCGACGUCGUCGCCAGCUACACCACCAACAUGGACCUCGCCAUGACCACCCUCCGUCCCUUCCCGAGCUUCCUCCGUCCCAUAGUCGCCAGAUUCCUCCCGAGUGUGCAGCGUCUCAAGCACCAAUUUCACUGGGUCCAGCACGAGCUCCUGAUCCCGGUGAUCCAGAGCCGUCGGUAUGCCGAGUUCAACGACCCGUACUUCCGGAAACACGAGGACUUGAUCCAGUGGACGAUGGAUCUGGCGGGUAACGCGCUCGACCGGGACCCGGCCCUCAUCGCGAGGGACCUGAUGACGGUCACCAGUCUGACGAUGGUCCGCUCGAGUGCUGUGCUGCUCACGCAGGCUUUGUACGAUCUGAUCGCUCGCCCGGAGUAUCUGGAGCCGCUGCGCAAGGAGAUCCGGGAGACGUUCCGAGACGGAUGGAAGAAUGUCAAGCAGGGCAGUCUGCGGGGGCAGCAUCUGCUGGAUAGCUUUCUGCGGGAGUCGUGCCGGUGGAAUCCGUCGCAGGAGAUCAACGUCCACCGCAUCGUCAAACGACCGCUGAUGUUCUCGGACGGCCUCGCCAUCCCAAAGGGGGCGCAUAUCUGCUUCGCGACGGGUCCUAUCUCGCGAGAUCCAGCCAUCGUGCCAGGGGUGGACGAGUUUAACGGCUUCCGCUGGUACAAAUCCCCGAGCGCCAACCCGGACUUGGGCCUGCAUUUUGGGUUUGACCGGGGAGCAUAUCCGGGACGGGUUGUCGCGGUGAAUACAGCAAAGCUGAUCAUGAGCCGUCUGCUGCAGGGGUAUGAGUUUGAAUUCGAGGGUCGGGGGAGGCCAGCGAAUGUACGAACUGGGGAGCAGAUUCUGCCAGAUACGACUGUGCGGGUGGUGAUGAGGGAGAGAAAUGGGACAAAUAAAUGA